GAUUAUUUUAUUUUCUGUGUUUGUUACCGUCAAAAGAGCAAAAUUCGUUCAUAAGAUUAUAUUUAGCAAAAUUAUGCGCAUUCUAUUAUAAAUGUUUAACAAUUAAUAUAUUAUAUACUUUAUUCUUAAUCGAUAUUUAUCAAUUUAUUUAUUAAAAUAUUCGUAUUCAAGUGUUUUUUUAACAUUUGAAUACUACGUUCAUCUGGAUAAGAACUUUUUGUGCGAAACAUCAUACCUUUCCAGUUCGUUGCGACUUCAAACAUGCCCGUUAAAGAUGACAUAGUACCUCCGCCACCAGCUAAUUCCAAACAAACGGGAGUUACCAAAACAUUGCUGUACAAUGGAUCGAAAUUUCAGGGAUUCCAAAAAUCACAAGGAAAUUCUUACGAUGUAGAGGUUGUCUUGCAGCAUGUUGAUAUGGAGAAUUCAUUUUUAUGCGGCUAUCUUAAGAUUAACGGGCUAACGUUUGAAUUUCCAACAUUGACAACAUUUUUUGAUGGAGAAAUAAUCUCGAAAAAAUAUCCAUUUUUGACAAGAAAGUGGGAAGCUAAUGCUGAUGUUGAUAGAGGUCAUUGGGGUAAAUUCAACGCUUUUGCUGACUACAAAGAUAUAUUUUAUUCAGACAAUUUUGAUUACGAGACAUUGGAGAAGAGUGAUUAUGUUUUUAUGCGAUGGAAGGAACACUUUUUGGUACCGGACCAUACUAUUAAGGACAUAAACGGUGCAUCGUUUGCCGGAUUUUAUUAUAUAUGCUUUACAAAAUCUAAAGGAAAAAUGGAAGGCUAUUAUUAUCAUAAGUCAUCAGAGCUAUAUCAAUCCAUCGAAUUAAAUCACGUGCCCGAAAGUUGUAUUGAAAUUUACGAGUUUAGAUAAAUUUCAAAUUCAAUAUUAAAUUAACAUAGCGUUGUAGCUUAAAUUUAUUGGUUAAAAUUUAGUCAUUUAAAAUGGGCGACGACGACGUUGAGAUUAUAAAUAAAAAGCAAAUAUUAUAUACCCAAAAAAAGCAAUUUGCAAUGUUACACUUAGCGAGCAAGAUAUGCUCGUCGCCAAUUUAUUGUUUUACUUGUAAAUAGGAUACCAAACAAAUUAUAAUAAAAAAUACAUAUUUUUCAUCAUAA